GACCGCCUUCUGAUCCGAGGUGGGAGGAUCGUCAAUGAUGACCAGUCCUUUCACGCGGAUCUCUAUGUGGAGGACGGUUUGAUAAAACAAAUUGGAGAAAACCUCAUCGUCCCUGGGGGCAUCAAAACCAUCGAUGCCCACGGCCUGAUGGUCCUGCCAGGUGGAGUCGACGUCCACACGAGGUUGCAGAUGCCAGUCAUGGGCAUGACCCCAGCUGACGACUUCUGCCAGGGGACCAAGGCAGCCCUAGCAGGAGGGACCACCAUGAUACUGGACCACGUGUUCCCUGACGCGGGCGUGAGCCUGCUGGCCGCCUACGAGCAGUGGCGGGAGCGCGCGGACAGCGGGGCCUGCUGUGACUACUCCCUGCACGUGGACCUUCCGCGCUGGCACGAGAGCAUCAGGGAGGAGCUGGAGGCGCUGGUCAAGGACAAGGGCGUGAACUCCUUCCUGGUCUUCAUGGCGUACAAGGACAGGUACCAGUGCACAGACGGCCAGAUGUACGAGAUCUUCAGCGUCAUCCGGGACCUGGGAGCCGUGGCCCAAGUGCAUGCAGAGAAUGGGGACAUCGUGGAGGAGGAGCAGAAGCGGCUGCUGGAGCUCGGCGUCACCGGCCCUGAGGGCCACGUGCUCAGCCACCCCGAGGAGGUGGAGGCUGAGGCCGUGUACCGCGCCGUCACCAUCGCCAAGCAGGCCAACUGUCCCCUGUACGUCACCAAGGUCAUGAGCAAGAGCGCGGCUGACGUGGUGGCCCGAGCCAAGCGCAGAGGGGUGGUUGUGUUUGGGGAGCCCAUCACCGCCAGCCUGGGCACCGACGGCUCGCACUACUGGAGCAAGAACUGGGCCAAGGCCGCGGCCUUCGUCACAUCGCCCCCUAUCAACCCGGACCCCACCACGGCAGACCACCUCACCUCCCUGCUGUCCAGCGGGGACCUGCAGGUGACGGGCAGUGCCCACUGCACCUUCACCACUGCCCAGAAGGCUGUCGGCAAGGACAACUUCACACUCAUCCCCGAGGGCACCAACGGCAUUGAAGAGCGCAUGUCCGUGGUCUGGGAGAAAUGCGUGGCCUCGGGUAAGAUGGACGAGAAUGAGUUCGUCGCCGUGACCAGUACGAAUGCUGCCAAAAUCUUUAACUUCUACCCACGGAAGGGGCGGGUGGCUGUGGGCUCUGAUGCUGACCUGGUUAUAUGGAACCCCAGGGCCACGAAAAUCAUCUCUGCCAAGAACCACAACCUGAACGUGGAGUACAACGCCUUUGAAGGUGUUGAGUGCCGGGGAGUCCCCACGGUGGUCAUCAGCCAGGGCCGGGUGGUGAUGGAGGACGGGGCCCUAUUCGUCACCCCCGGGGCUGGCCGCUUCAUCCCCCGGAAGACGUUCCCGGACUUUGUCUACAAGAGGAUAAAGGCUCGCAACAGGCUGGCGGAGAUCCACGGAGUGCCCCGAGGCCUCUACGACGGGCCGGUCCACGAGGUGAUGGUGCCCACCAAGCCGGGGGGCGGCGCCCAGGCCCGUGCAACCUGCCCCGGGAAGAUCUCAGUCCCGCCUGUUCGCAACCUGCACCAGUCGGGGUUCAGCCUGUCUGGAUCUCAGGCCGAUGACCACAUCGCCCGACGCACGGCUCAGAAGAUCAUGGCGCCGCCCGGCGGGCGUUCCAACAUCACCUCGCUGUCCUAGGUGCCGCGGGCCGGCGCGUGGGUGCUGCCCUGGGGGCCAGGCCCCCUCCCCGCCCCCGUCACUGUCCCUCCGUUGAACCUACUUUCAAAGGUGCUUGGCCUUACCUUCCCCUCCCCAGAAACAGUCCUCCUGGGGUCCCAGUCCUGUCACAAGGAGCCCCCACAGGACAGGCUGAGCUGGGGGGUUACUCUGCCAGGGCGAGGGGACAGCUCAGGUGGCCCUGAGCCCAGGUGCUGGGGCUUCGGGAUCCCGGGGCGGCUGGGCCAGGCCGAAAGGCUGCGGGUGCAGUGCCCUUGUCCCCGACACGAGUCACUGCCCCUCAAAGCCCCCAGCCCUUCCUCCUGCUCCCGGAUGGAGGAGCAGCCUGUCCCCGCUGUCCGCCCCGCGCAGGGAGGCGUGCCCCCCUCCCCGCCCCCACUGGAGCUGCCGUGACUUCAGGGACCUGCCAGGAACAGUGUAGGGCAGCCUCCGGCGGGACUUCCGCAGACUCGUCUGCACACCUCCCAGGACCAAACCUCUGCUUCCAUAGGGCCCGUCUCCAGGGAACCUUAGGACCCUUUGGCUAAGAUGCAUUUCUUCACUAUUAAGUGUGCAUUCCAGUAGUUUAUUAGAGCAACAGUUUUGUGUGGUGAGGACACCUGGAGCCAGGAACCCGCAUGCCACCCGCAGCCCAGCGGCCUCACCGGCGCUGUGCCUGAGUCCCACGUGAAUCAGGUCGAUUAAAGGCAUCUGGGCUGGAA